GGGAGGGGGGCCGCUCACUUAUAAACUCGGGCCCGAGUCUGGUGGCCUGUCAGAGACUGCCUCGCUACAGCCUGACGCGCCAAGUCGGAGACAGACGCGAGCAGCUGUCGCCGGGGCUCCCCGCGUCUCUCUGCCCCGGCCGGGCCCCUGUGCGCGGCGUGCGGACACUAUGCUGCGCGUCCUGCUCCUCGGCGUGCUGGCCCCCGCCGGCCUGGGGCUCCCGGCGCCCCCUGAGCCGCAGCCCCUCGGGAGCCAGUGCGUUGAUCUCGACUGCUUCGCUGUCUUCCAGGGCCCCGCGACUUUCCUCGCCGCCAGCCGAGUCUGCGAGCGCCUGCAGGGCCACCUGAUGACCGUGCGCUCCUCGGUGGCCGGAGAUGUCAUCUCCCUGCUCCUGAGCGACGGCGGCCCGCUCCUCUGGAUCGGUCUGCAGCGCCCGCCGGGCUGCGACGACCCAGAGCACUCCGGGCCCUUGCGCGGCUUCCAGUGGGUGACGGGCGACAACCGCACCAGCUUCAGCAGGUGGGCGCGGCCUCUCGACGACGGGGCACGCCUCUGCGGUCCGCUGUGCGUCGCCGUCUCGGCGGCGGCCGGGGCGCAGACACCCGGAGAGUCCGCCUGGGAGGAGCGGCCGUGCGAUGCGGAGGCCGACGGCUUCCUCUGCGAGUUCCACUUCGCCGCCUCCUGCCUGCCGCUGGCUGUGGAGCCUGGCGCCACGGCGGCGGCGGGCCUCUCCAUCACCUACGGCACCCCUUUCGGAGCCAGCGGCGCGGACUUUCAGGCGCUGCCGCUGGGCAGCACGGCCGCGGUGGCGCCCCUCGGGGUGGAGCUGGAGUGCGCGGCGCCGCCGGGGGAGACCGAGGGGCGCUGGAGCAGGGAAGCCCCGGGCGCCUGGGCCUGCGGCGUCGAGCGCGGCGGCUGCCAGCACGAGUGCAAAGGGAGUGCCGGCGCCUCGAACUGCCUGUGCCCGGCGGACGCCGCCCUGCAGGCGGACGGGCGUUCCUGCGGGCCACCGGCCGAGCACCCGUGCCACCAACUCUGCGAGCACUUCUGCCACCUCCACGGGCUCGGCAACUACACGUGCAUCUGCGAGGCGGGCUACCAGCUGGCCGCCGACCAGCACCGAUGUGAGGACGUGGACGACUGCGCGCAGGUGCCCAGUCCGUGCCCGCACAGGUGCGUCAACACUAAGGGUGGCUUCCAGUGCCACUGCUUCUCUGGCUUUGACCUGGUGGACGGCGAGUGCGUGGAUCCCGUGGACCCGUGCUUUGGCAACAAGUGCGAGUACCAGUGCCAGCCGGUGGGCCGGUCCGAACACCGGUGCAUCUGCGCUGAGGGCUUCGCGCCCGUCCCCGGCGCCCCGCACAGGUGCCAGAUGUUCUGCAACCAGACUUCGUGCCCGGCUGACUGCGACCCCCACCACCCGACCAUCUGCCGCUGCCCCGACGGCUAUAUCCUAGACGAGGGCUCCGUGUGCACGGACAUCAACGAGUGUGACGACGGCGUCUGCCCUGGCCAAUGCCACAACCUCCCCGGCACUUACCAGUGCAUCUGUGGGCCUGACUCGGCCCUCUCUGGCCAGACUGGUACCGACUGCGACCCCAUCCCGGUGAACGAGGACCGGGGCAGCAUGGAGGACUACGCCGGCUCUGGGGAGCCCCCAGUCAGCCUGACUCCGGGCGCCACCGCACGCCCCUCGCCGGCACCUGCUGGCCCCCUGCACUCGGGCGUGCUCGUGGGCAUCUCCAUCGCAAGCCUGUCUCUGGUGGUGGCGCUUCUGGCUCUCCUUUGCCACCUGCGCAAGAAGCAGGGCGCCUCGCGGGGGGAGCUGGAGUACAAGUGCGGGGUCCCCGCCAAGGAGCUGGUGCUGCAGCAGGUGAAGACUGAGCGGACACCUCAGAAACUCUGAGAAGUCUGGUACCCGGACUUCCUCCCCUCCUCCCGGCCCCGCAGCCUUUCUCUCCCACUCCCCCGCCCCAAGCACCUUAGCUGGGGUCAGAAUAGAAGACCCCUCGCCCCUCUUCUUUCACUGCUUCUGCACUUGGCUAUGGAGGAGAGGAACGGGGUUGUUGGAAGUUCGGCCCCAGCCACUUCCGUGAUGUCAUCAGACAAGCGAGCAGGGAUGACAGCUUCAUUGUGACAGGUUGCAACGUGUCCUGUGCCCUCAUCAAGGGGCACGGGGUGGGGGGUGCGUGUUCUUGGUUGGCAGCCUGGGGGCAGACGUCCUUCCAGGGGACUAAUGAGUGACACUGAGUCAAGGAUAAUGACCCCAAUAUUUAUUUUUUAAACAUUUUUGUUGUUGUUGUUCUGCUUUUUUCCCUACCCCGUGUGUCUCCAAUACCUGCUUUGUAUCUCUCCUGCCUUCCUCCCCUCCCCUCUCCCUCCUGCUCUGUUUAUGUGUGUGCUCCCACUUGUUAUGGGAUCCUUACACUAUCUUGGUGAAGUUUUUCCAGCCCUCUUGUGUUUAUGAAGCUAAGCCCCAUUUCAUCCUUUUCAUUUCUCCCAACUUUCCCCUUCCAGGAAGUCGGCUGACCUACCUGAGCCACCCUAUCUCUGUUGGACCCUAUUUUUCUGCUCUUAGCUGUCUGCCUGGGCAGAACUGCUUUGUGAAACAGAAAGAAAAACACUAGAAAUAAGAACGGUUGAGAAUCUGUUCUUUCACCAGAGUUGCUAAUUUAUCCUGAGAUUUCAGGCUUCCGGAGCAAUAGCAUUUUAAGAAAGGUUAAAAUAUAAAGGGCAUUUAUUAGACUCAUGUUGCUGGACUGACCUAGGAAUUCAACUCAAGAUUUUCAUUUUUAUUUUCAAACAAUGAACCUGGGUUUUACUGUUGUUGCAGUUUUGAUUUGGAAAGUAGUCGUCAUUAAGCUUCUUAUGCAGUGUCUUUUCCUAUGAUUGUUAUUAGUUACUUGCGAAAAUAUUGAAAAUGGUUGCUCUGAAUUGAGAGGAGAUGGAAGCCCAUCCCAGGAGACAGUGUAAGAAAGUUUCUGCUGCAGAAUUGGCCAGUGGCCAGUGGCCGUUUGGACUCUCAUGGUCCUUAUCAUUUGUGGGCCCAAAUAAAACCAGCUCUACUGGUUUUUUUAAUUUGGGAGCUUGGGGAUGGAGGCUGCAGUAUGGCCGGUUAGGGCCUCUUCUUGAUCAGGCCCUCCAGGAUUUCUCCCACUUUGGAGGAGAGUUUUCUGAGCCCAGCCAUUUGGAAUGCAGUCCGGGAGGCGGGAGCUGCCCCGGCAAGCUGGUUAGAAAUGCCCUCAGGCGCCAUCCCACCUACUGCACAAGAAUCUGCAUUUUAACAAGUUCAGCAGGGGGCUGUCUGCUCCGUAUGUUUGAGGAGAGCUGUUCCAGACAGUUGCCAACGUCCUGGAACAGAUUAAAUAUGAGUAAUAAGUAGCAGGCCAAGUCAGGCCCUAUAUUCAAGAAACUGAGGAAUUAACUGAGGAAUUUUCCUUUUAUAGCUUUGCUUUCUGGUAGAAGAGCCUAGGUACACACCUUUAGACAUUGCUACACAGGGUCUUUGGUUCAAGUAAGCUAGGAAUGAAAUGCUUAGUGUAUGGGAAAAAAUGUAUCAUGUAAAUGUAUCUUUUGUAAUGCAAAGGUUUUCCUCUAUUGUUUUGUAAACUCAACACAUUUGUACAUAGUUAUUUAUUUAUUGGAGAUAAACUAGAACACAGGCAAAACUCCUGCUUUUGAUGUCACUUGUAGAAAAUAAAUAACAGUGCUCUUGG